AUGGCUUCUCACCCCGUUUCUCCUCAACCUCAUGUCCCUCUAUCCGGAGUCUGGUGCCCCGCGGUCACUUUUUUCCACCAUGACACCGACUCACUAGAUCUCGACUCUCAAUCCAAGUACUUUUCCUAUCUCUCCACAACCGGGCUAGCGGGUCUAGUGAUUCUAGGGACCAACUCAGAAGCCUUCCUCCUCACUCGAGAAGAGCGAUCUCAGCUCAUCUCCACUGCCCGAGCCGCCGUAGGGCCCGAUUUCCCACUGAUGACCGGAGUCGGUGCGCACUCGACUAAGCAGACACUCGAGCUCGCACAGGAUGCCGCAGCCGCCGGCGCCAACUACCUCCUUGUCCUGCCUCCCGCAUACUUCGGCAAAGCCACCAACAUGAACGUGGUGAAGCGCUUCUUUUCCGAAGUGGCAGCCAAGGCACCUCUUCCAGUAGUAAUCUACAAUUUCCCCGGUGUGUGCAAUGGGGUAGACAUGGACUCCGAGACCAUUACCGCUAUCGCACGAGAGUCGGCGUCUAGUGGACGGUCGAACGUGGUCGGGGUCAAGUUGACUUGUGGAUCCGUGGGGAAGAUCACCCGACUGGCUGCAGCAUUUGCGCCCGAGGAGUUUGCGACUUUUGGUGGGCAGUCUGAUUUCCUGAUUGGCGGUCUAGCUGCUGGAAGCGCUGGGUGUAUUGCCGCUUUCGCCAACGUCUUUCCUAAAGUCACGGCUCGGAUCUAUGCUUUGUAUCAGAAGGGACAGAUUGAGGAGGCGGUGGCACUCCAAAGGAAAGCGGCGCUCGCUGAAAGCGCCAUCAAAAGUGGAAUUGCGUCAACUAAGCAUGCUGUGGCUUGCUACUCUGCCAAGUUGGCCGGGAUCCAGAAUGCGGUAGAUAACCUGGCCCCUCGACACCCUUACGAGGAGGUGGGGGAGGGGGCCAAGGUUACGAUCCGUGAAGUCAUGGCUGAGGUUGCUGAGAUCGAGAAGAGUCUGUAA